AGCUCCUACCCCAUCUGGGAGGACUUCAACUCCAAGGCCACGAAGCUGCAUUCCCAGCUGAGGACCACCGUGCUGGCUGCUGUGGCCUUCCUGGACGCCUUCCAGAAAGUGGCCGACAUGGCCACCAACACUCGAGGGGCCACACGGGACAUCGGCUCGGCGCUCACACGCAUGUGCAUGCGCCACCGCAGCAUAGAGACCAAGCUGCGACAGUUCACCAAUGCGCUGCUGGAGAGCCUCAUCAACCCGCUGCAGGAGCGCAUCGAGGACUGGAAGAAGUCGGCCAACCAACUGGACAAGGACCACGCGAAAGAGUACAAACGAGCCCGGCACGAGAUUAAGAAGAAGUCAUCAGACACGCUGAAGCUGCAGAAGAAAGCGCGGAAAGAGCUACUUGGGAAAGGAGACCUGCAGCCCCAGCUGGAUAGUGCCCUGCAGGACGUCAAUGACAUGUACCUCCUGCUGGAGGAGACGGAGAAGCAGGCGGUGCGCCGGGCCCUGAUCGAGGAGCGAGGCCGCUUCUGCACCUUCAUCACUUUCCUGCAGCCCGUGGUGAACGGCGAGCUGACCAUGCUGGGGGAGAUCACCCACCUGCAAGGCAUCAUUGACGACCUGGUGGUGUUGACUGCAGAACCCCACAAGCUGCCUCCCGCCAGUGAGCAGGUGAUCAAGGACCUGAAGGGCUCAGACUACAGCUGGUCUUACCAGACCCCGCCAUCAUCACCCAGCAGCUCCAGCUCCCGGAAAUCCAGCAUGUGCAGUGCCCCCAGCAGCAGUAGCGGUGCCAAGGGUGGCGGAGCCCCGUGGCCUGGGGGUGCCCAAACAUACUCACCCAGUUCCACCUGUCGCUACCGCAGCCUGGCGCAGCCAGCCACCGCCACCACCCGCCUCUCCAGCGUCUCCUCCCACGACUCUGGCUUCAUCUCCCAGGACGCCACCUACUCCAAGCCCCCCUCGCCCAUGCCUUCAGACAUCACCAGCCAGAAGUCCUCCAGCUCCGCGUCCUCCGAGGCCUCGGAAACAUGCCAGUCUGUUAGCGAGUGCAGCUCCCCCACCUCGGACUGGACCAAGGCUGGCCCCCACGAGCAGCCCUCAGGCGCCACGCUGCAGCGGAGGAAGGACCGAGUGGAGCUUCUCCGAGACAAUGAGCCAGGCCCCGCUAGUGGAGGCACCCUGGGCCCCAGUGGAGAAGAGGUGCCACGACCUCGGAUGUCCCCUGCCACCAUCGCAGCCAAGCAUGGCGAGGAGGUGUCCCCUGCGGCCAGCGACCUGGCCAUGGUGCUGACCCGCGGCCUGAGCCUGGAGCACCAGAAGAGCAGCAGGGAUUCGCUGCAGUACUCGAGCGGCUACAGCACGCAGACCACCACGCCCUCGUGCUCCGAGGACACCAUCCCCUCCCAAGGCUCCGACUAUGACUGCUACUCUGUGAAUGGGGACGCGGACAGCGAGGGCCCCCCUGAGUUUGACAAGUCGUCCACCAUCCCGCGCAACAGCAACAUCGCCCAGAACUACCGCCGCCUGAUCCAGACCAAGCGCCCAGCCUCCACCGCGGGGCUGCCCACCGCCGGGCUGCCCACCGCCGGGCUGCCCACCGCCACAGGCCUGCCCUCCGGCGCCCCACCUGGCGUGGCCACCAUCCGCCGCACACCCUCCACCAAGCCCACUGUACGCCGUGCCCUGUCUAGCGCCGGCCCCAUCCCCAUCCGGCCACCCAUCGUCCCUGUGAAGACACCCACGGUACCCGACUCCCCUGGCUACGUGGGACCCACGCGGGCAGGCAGCGAGGAGUGUGUCUUCUACACGGAUGAGGCCGCCUCGCCCCUGGCACCGGACCUCGCCAAGGCCUCCCCCAAGAGGCUCAGCCUGCCCAACACAGCCUGGGGCAGCCCGUCGCCGGAGGUGGCCGGCUACUCCACAGCGGGGGCAGGGCUGGCGGCUGAGGAUGACGAGGAGCAGCAGCUGGCCGCCAACCGGCACAGCCUGGUGGAGAAGCUUGGGGAGCUGGUGGCAGGUGCCCACGCCCUGGGCGAGGGCCAGUUCCCCUUCCCCACCGGCCUGUCUGCCACCCCAGCCGAGGAGACGCCUACCCCACCCCCUGCUGCCACCAGCGACCCCCCAGCCGAAGACAUGCUGGUGGCCAUUCGACGCGGGGUCCGGCUCCGCAGGACCGUCACCAAUGACAGGUCUGCGCCCCGCAUCUUAUGAUGGCGCCACCCUCCCCACCCUGUCUGGCCCCAGCACAAGCAGGUGGCCUGGUCUGUGAGCAGCAGCCACUCAGCACAGGCACAGUCAGGAGAAAGAACAGCGCCAGGGACAAAGCCAAGCCACUUUAUGGAAGAGACACCCAGGCUGGACCACAGCGUUUAACGGGAUGUGACUUCUUUAACAAACCUCGCAGGACAGGUGGAGCCUGCAGGCCUCGAACUGGUUUUGGAGCCUGUUUUCUACUUCCCUUGCCCACUCUGUCCCUCCUCUCAGGCCCUGCCUUUUCCAAACCCUCAGAGCCCAGCCUGCCUCGUGCCACCCUGGCCCACCUGGCCUGGGGUCCAGAGCUGCUCCCCAGGUCACGGUGCCCUGGCUCACUCUGGAAUGCCGGCCCUUCCUGUCCCUUCAUGAGCCCCCUACACCUCUCCCCUCUACCUCUGCCUCUUCCAGGUCCCUCUCCACCUGGGUGGCAGGGUGGCUGUGGAGGGGCCAGUGUCCAAUCAGCUGGGGUAUCUUAAUUUGUGGCUAGAAUUAGGGGAGCAGGUUGGAGUUUGGAGACCAGGCCAACCCAUGGGGAAGGGAGUCCAAGUGGAGUCACGGGGAGGAAGGACAUGGAGUGGGCCUGCAUGUGGAAGGCUCAGGGGACCCUCCCACCUCCUCUCCCAUGUGAGGGGUGGCAGGAAGGGGACCCACUAGGGCAGCAGGGAAAGGAAGGCAGAGGGCCAGGGGGUGGCCUGGCCAGCCACACAGGAGCUGCCUCAGAUAUCCCGCUCUCAUCUGGCACAUCAAGACUUUUGACUAGUGGCACUUUGGGGUCACAGUUGCAGCCUCCUUUGGGGUCGGGGGCUGGAGCAGUAGACGGUAUGGAGGGUUAUUUUAUAAAUAUAAUAAAUUGGAGCUGACCCCAGACAAGGAUUGUGUGGGGGGCGAGCUGGUGGUACAGGGUGUGUGUCUUCGAGUGCCUGAGAGGGGGAGGUCACAGGGUGGCCUGAUGGGCCUAUGGCAGGAGAAGGGCAGAAUCAACUCCCCUGAAGCGGGGGGAAGCUGUUCUCUCCAGUGUAGCCAAAAUGAGCCUGCAGAGGGCAGGGCCAGGGUGUCUCUGGGCCUGUCUGCUGGGGUUUGAGGGAGCUGCAGGCCUGGGGUGGGGGAGCAGGUGCAGGGUGAUGGGCUGUGACUCUCUGUUGCCAGCGGAGAUGUCCAGGAUGGGCCUGGGCUGGCAGCAGGGCUAGGCGGAGGAGUGGGGCACCCUCCUCUGUGAGGCCAGGUCUGAGUGGGUAAAAGCACGUGAGCCUAGGGCAAGUGGAGGGAAUCAGGGUGGACUGUGGGUGGUAAAGAGCAGCGGAGCCCCAAGGGGGGCAUCUCGCUGGGCGUCAGGAGAGCACUUUGCCUUGGUGUGGAUGGAAUGGUGUUGGGGCUGGUCCAGGCUUGAGCUCCUGGGAGUUCUUGGGCCGUGAACUGGGAUCUCAGCAGGGUUGACCCCGUGUGAGUGAGUCCCGCUGGGCUCCCUGGGGACUGCUGGAGAAGGGUCCCUGCAGGUCCCUCGAUCUGAGAACUGCCUGGCGGAGCCCAUGGCCCACCGAGCUCCCAGCCGUGGGAACCCAGAGAGCAGGUGAUGAGUGUGGGGUCCCUGGGGUGGAGUUCCUGCUGCACCUUCCCCGCUCAGGGCUGCGUCGGGUUUGCCCAGGUGACCUGAUGGGGUGGGAAGCAGCAUGUGUGAGGGGACAGUGAGGAGCAGCAGGAGGGCAGGCGUGGCCUCUGCGCCAGGAGUGUGACUGGUCACAGGGGUCCCUGGAGGAAGAGCUCACCGCCUCCUGGGGGCUCCCCAGGCCCUGAUGGGCAGUGGGGGCUGGGGCUUCCCAGGAGAAGGUGGGGGGCACUGCCUCCCCUCCCCUGAGCCCCCAGGGCUGUACAUACUCCGUCCCCUCGUCUGUUCCCUGGCCACCCCCUGCUUCCCUCGUCAUUUAGCGACCACCUCAUAGCGCCCCCCCCUUCCGGGAUCCGAGCCAACAAUCCCGCGUCAUAAACUUUGGUUUUGAGGGGGGGGAUUCUUUACAUUUGUUUAUUUUUCAUUUUGUACAGAGAACUGUUCUUUUCAAAAGCGUCUUUUGACUGCAGUAACUUUUCUGGUGCUGUUAACUUGUUCCUUUUUUUAAUUUAUUUUCCCUCCCCAAGGCCCCCCCUCACCCCGUUCCUGUUCACCCUUCCCCACACACACACCCCUUCAUCCCCCCCCCCCGAACCGUCUCGUUCCUUUUCUUUCCGUUGGCUUUUGGAUAAAUCCUCCUCUCCUCCUGCCCCCUCCACUCCAUCCGCCCCUUGAUUUAAAUAGUCACUGCUACAAGUAACAAAUGCACUGUGAGGAUCCAGUAUUAAUAAAGUCGUACUGUAAUUAACA